AUGUUUCGUAAGGUUUCUGAAACCGUGAUUCUCAUACUUCUCAUCAAUUACUUGACUGAAAUCGAUGUUUCAUUCGCGCAAUACUCCCAUGAGUAUUCUGAGUCCCAUGAAUCUCCCGACAGCUACCUCAGACCUCACAACGCAGCCCGAGCCGCAGCAAGAGUCAAGCCUCUUAGAUGGGACUUCGCUUUAGCCUCUGUGGCUCAGGACUACGCAAACCAACUAGCCUCCGGUCCCUGCAGUCUCGAACAUUCCUCUGGACCAUAUGGAGAGAACCUUGCAUUAGGCAGUGGAGACAUGUCCGCGGCUCAAGCGGUUGCAAUGUGGAUGGAUGAGAAGUCGUAUUAUGAUUAUUACUCAAACUCGUGCCACGGUCCAGCUUGUGGACACUACACGCAGAUCGUAUGGCGUGGCACAGCAAGGCUCGGUUGUGGUAAGGCUACGUGUGGUAGUGGUGCAAGUAUUAUUGUGUGUAACUAUGACCCUGCAGGCAAUUAUAUUGGAACUAAACCAUAUUGA